AUGGCAACGUCAAGUCGCCUCGACGCGAUUGAAGAUGUGCUACGACAACAUUCAACCAUCAUCAACUCCAUCCGUGCAAGCCCACCUCAGCCACCCGGGUCAUCGUCGACCACGCCAACCUUUGCGUAUGAGAACACGUUCAGCAUAAGUACAGCCCGACCACAGCAAGAAGAUGCCGGGCUCGGAACAUCUACGAGCGCAGAGAUUGACAGGCCGGAACCCACAGCAGGGCGAGAGGACGACCCAGUUCCUCCACUGACGAUCCCUCUCGGCCACCAAACUAGCACAAGCAGUCUUCUUACAUUACCGCAGAUGCGUACACUAACGGGUGACUUCCCAGAGGAGUUUCUCUUCCUGGUCGAAGAGAAUCGACCGCGGACUUUGUGGUUGCAACACGUCAGGGCGGCGCAUGAGGAGAUGGAGCAAGACUUUCUCCAUGUUGACAGAUCAUUUGCCGACAGCUGUUUUGAACGAUAUUGGACACUGGUACAUCCGUACCGCCCUAUCUUUGACCUGGAAGAUCUCACGUCACUAUACGAAAGGACGAUGAAUCAAGGGCUCCAGGAGGAUACAUCCUCUGCUCUCCUUUUGUCUCUCCUCGCACUGGGGGCCACUGCAGACGACCCUAUUAAGCCCACCACCCUCAGACACACCGGUGAUGAGCUGAUCAAAAAAGCUCUUCGAAUACUCUUUCCGUGCUGGGCUAUGACAUUUAGCGGGGAUCUUGUUCUGUCUCAGGCGCUCAUUCUCUGCGCACUUUACUGCUGCUAUGUGGUCGAGCCCCUGCCUGCCUGGAGGCUUGCACACAUGGCAUCAACAAGUGUCCAGCAAAUGCGCAGACAGCAUUUAUCCAAGGAUAGCAGUGAAGGUGUCAUCAGAGUCAGUUGGGCGUGCUUCUUAAUCGAAUGCGACAUCCUGGCCGAGUUCCAUCAACCUAGAAGUGGUAUCGAGCCGCUAGUUGAUAGGUUGCCCUUUCCGACAUACAGCAACAGCACCGCACCGGAAAGCUUGUGGUCAUUGGCCGACAUAUCGGCGAGGUCCUUGCUCAAUCGGAUACAUCAUACCGUGUACUUCACCGAUAGCCUCUCUCUAUACGCAGGUCGGUCACAGAACGCAUGCGGGAUUCUCUCGUCUGACCCGGAUGCGUCACUGCUAAGAGUGUGCGAGGAACUCAAUCGUCAGCUUGAAACGUGGUAUGGGUCACUACCCGAGGCCAUCAAACCGGAUCUUUCGGGCAGACCAAGAGGUAGUGACCAAGCUUGUGUUUUGCGUCUCAGAUAUUGGUCUGCCAAACACAACAUUUAUCGACCAUUUGUGGUCUACGUGACCUCACGAGCUGCAGAACAAGAGGGGACUAUACCGGUGGUGGCCCUUGAGCGGUGCCGUCUUUGCCUUACUGCUACCCGAAUGUUUAUCCUCUCUGCGGGUCAUGUUCUGGCGCAGAGGAACCCCUACAUUUUUAGUACGGCGCAGUGCUGUAUAGGCUAUGCACUUAUCAUCGCGAUCGCUGCUCAGACUCCUGCGCUAUCCGACGCAGUUGACGAUGCUUCAGAACUGCUGGAAAUGGCUGUUGAGCUCGUGAAACCAUGGGCUCUAACUGGAUCGAGCAUUGAAUGCGGCCUUGAAAUCGUAAAUUCUGUACACAGAAAGCAGCGGCUGCGCAACCUUCGAGCCCGAUAA